UCGAACUCAGUGACAACAAAAAAUAUUAUUACACAGCCCUUCUUUUAGAUAUUAAUAUUAAUUUAUAUAGCCCUAUUUCACAAGUAUUCCGUUUCAUGUUAAAAUCUGUAUUCUUUUUAACCAUAUAGGCCUAGUUAAUAAAAUAUAUGAAUGAAUUCCCGUUGGUGUUUGUAAAAUGUAAGAAUGUAACAUCUCGGGCAAAAGUUUAAAAUACUUCAGGGCCUAUUACAUUUUACCGCAAUCAGUGGGCCAACCAUUUCCCAGCAGGAAGUACAACCUCUCAUACAGACCAGAACGUGGUUUUCAAGAUUUUCAAUAAGUGAUAGGAAAGGGAUCUUAGGAAAUAAACUUUAUCCUCAGUUUGGAUUUUUUAAGCAAGACUUAUAACACAUGUAUAAAAUUUCAUUUGGUAUUCCUGUGGUGAAGAAAUAAUUUACCAAUGUAGAUUACGGCAUUUAGUUUUCAUAAGUGAAAAUAAAAAAUAUUGCUGCGGAAAAGAUGGGAAGUCCUCUACCAAUAGAACAGUCUGAAAUGAGUGAAGUUUUAAAUCUUCAGGAUCAAAACUCAGCUGAGGUGGGGGACAACAAUGAAUACUUUGUAGAAGAAGAAAUUAAUGGUGUUUUGGAAGAAAAUGAAGAUGUUGAUACGGAAGAAAAGUCAAGCUACAUUUCUGAAAUGGAGGAAGGCGGUGAAAUUGUCACUUUAGAAGAGAAUGAAAAUAAAUCUAGUUUAACAGAAGAUAGUGAAGAACUGCCAGACUUAGAAGGGACAAGUAAAGAUCCAUCCAGUACAGAAGUAAGUAAUUCUCUUGAUGAGGAAAGUAAUGUAGAGAACGGAAAUCUAGAAGAUUUAUCUUACCUUACACAAAUAAGCAAUUUCUCCAACUUGAAACCUUUUACAUGUGUUCUUUGUCAAGCAAAUUUUUCCAACAGUUUCCGUUUAAAGCGACACCUAAUGAGUCACGCUGGGAUAAGGCCUUUUAAAUGUGAGUCGUGUGAUGCCUCAUUCACCAACAAAUAUCACCUUCAGAGGCAUACGAUGACGCACACCGGUAUAAAGCCUCAUAAAUGCCCAACUUGUGAUGCACGUUUUGCUCAGAGCAACGGUCUCAAGCAGCACCUCCUUAAUCACUUGGGGAUAAAACCGUACGCUUGUCUUAUCUGCGGAGCCAAGUUCGCCCACACCGGCUACUUGAACCAGCACAUGUUGAGCCACACUGGUGAGCAACCCUUCCAGUGUCAAUUGUGUGACGCAAAGUUCACCAGGAGUAGCAGCUUGAAACAACACAUCCUGGUGCACGAGGGAACUAAACAGUUCAAAUGCGACAUUUGUGGCAAAGACUUUGUUCGUAACUACAGUCUCAAGCAACACAUGCUGUCUCACAAUGAUAUCAAGGCUUUCCAGUGCAUUCUAUGUGAAAUGCGCUUCACAAACUCCAGCCACUUGAACCGACAUUUGGUCACGCACACCGGCGCUAAACCGUUCAAGUGUGACAUUUGUGAUGCGGAAUUUACACAGAGUGGGACGUUGAAGCGCCACAAACACGGGCACACUGGGGAGAAACCUUUUGAGUGCAAGCUGUGUGGCAAAAAGUUUGGCGAGAAGAACAAUUUAAACAAGCACUUGCGGGUGCAUGCCCGAGUACGACAGUUCAAAUGCCAAGAGUGUGAGGCAGAGUUCACUUCAAACUCCAACUUGAAGCGCCACAUGGUAAAACACCCGGACCACUUUGUUAGUGUUGAACAGAGUAACUAGUCUGAAUCAACACAAUAGUGUGACUAAACUACUAUGUAACAAGAAAACUAGUCAAAUGAAAGACAAGAUGGACCUUUAUAAAGAGUACGUUGAAGCCAUACCUAGUCACAGAUUUUAUAAUAACAGACAGUAGUGUAAAUACUUGUGAUAAGAUGUUUUUAUUUUUAAGAAAUAAUUGUGAUUUUGUUUUCUUUGUUUUUGUUAACGAUUUUACCAAUUUUAGUAAAAUAAUUCAAUAGCUCAGGAAAAUAUUCAUUUUGUGUACGAUAAAUGGUGUAAUCUAUAUUCUUGUAAUCUAUAUUCUUGGUUAGCCUAAUGGAUAGGAUAUUUGGUUUAUUAAUUUGCAGAUUUAAAAGUGUUCUUUUAAUUUUAACUGUUUCAUCUGGAUACUGAUAUGAUUUUCAAUACAAGUCCUUUCAAUUUAGUGUUAAAGGAAACCUGCUGUUUAAAGAGAACCACAUAAAAGGAGGAAUAAUUUGUUUUUACUGCAGCCAACUCAUAAAGUAUCAGGCCACUGCUUGUGGCUAAAAUUAAAUAUCUUUUUAGCUUAUUUCUUAUUCUACUUUAAUAAUCAAUCAAACAAAAUUAAGUCAACCCAUUUAGGUUAUUUUAUCAGGUUAGUCGGUGGCUCAGUCAGUAGGGCUACACUUCCAAUCUAUGGCAGUGAUGUCUUGGAUUCGGAUCGUUGUACCUGCCACUACAUUUUAUCAGCCCAUUUCCACUCUAUAGCGUCACGGCUCACACCUUGCUUUUGCUGGAUACGAUCGCACAAGCUUCAGGCCUAUGUGGACAGGCAAAUGCAAGGUUAAAAGCCAAAGAUGUUAAAAAUAAUAUUAAAAUAAAAUAAUAUAAAGAAAUUUAACUAACCGAACAGCUUUGACCAAAACUGUUUUAUUCUCCAACCUCAUUUCUGAUCACUACUAGGCUAUCAUAUUUCUGAAGUUACAAUUUUCUUUUGCGAAAUAAGCACAUCAGAACCUUUCAAAUCCUUACUAUAGUGAGAAUAUUUAUCAAAAGAAACAUUUUGCGUUAAUAAUACUUCAAAUUCUUAACAAAUCUUUAAAAUAAUUUCAAAAGGUAGCUUUGAGUUAAGUUAACAGUGUACUUAUGGGACAGGCUUGUUGAUUUUGGUAUAAAAUGUUUAAAUCAAGUAUAAAUAGAUAAAUAGACCUAUGCUAUUUCAAGAAUACAGUAGAACCUCUUUAAUCCGAACCCCCGUAAUCCGAACGUCCACUAAUCCGAACCCCUCAUUGCUGUACUCUAUACACAGUACAGCAGUUCUUUAUUGUAUACUGUAUUUAAUUUACAGUACUGUUUAUUCACCAUGUUUACUACUGUAUUAAAUAAACACUGUGUUUUACUUUAUAAAACAUUUUUUUUCACUUUUCCCAAAAUGAUGUUGAUCAAUUUUAGCCAUAUUUUAGCUAUUGUUAUGUAAAAAAAACAAUAUGCUCUGUAAUCCGAACUAUUCAAUAGUCCGAACUACCCCUGGUCUCAAUUAGUUUGGAUUAAAGAGGUUCUACUGUAGUUACAAAUUAUAUUACAUGUUAGCCAACCAUAAUGAAAAUUUUAGAUGUAGGUAGGUACUCCUUAAGAAUAAAUGUGUCAUUUAAAAAAUUACUUAAGAUAUGGAUGUUUUACAUAGGUGUUGAAAUUUAAAUCAGCCAAGAUGUUAUCUUUAUUAUUUGUCGUGAACUUAAAAAGUGUCUAGUUAACAGUAACAUGUAAAAUCCAGUUCUCCUGUAUUUUCCCACUUUAAAACUGUUUUGUAACAGACAACUAGUUGUGCCAAUGAAUGAAUGUAUACUGUGUAAACUAUUUUGAGCCGCUACUUUAAAUAAGCACUCUACAUGGUUUCCAGACACAUUA